AUGGAAAAUGAAAAUGUUGCAACCGCCUCUGAAAUCGACCAUAACUCUCCCACUUUCACUCAAACUGAUUUUGUUUUCCCUCCUUCUCACCCAUUCUAUCUUCAUCCUUCUGACUAUCCUGGUACUGUUCUCGUGACAAAACAAUUCAAUGGGGACUGUUUUGGAGCCUGGAGAAGAGGCAUUAUCAUAGCUUUGGGGGCAAAGAAGAAAUUAGGAUUCAUUAAUGGGAGCUAUGUCCAGUCCUCUCCCGAUUCUCCUUUGUUUGAACACUGGGAACAGUGUAAUAGCAUGAUAAUCAGCUGGAUUCUUAAUUCCUUGGAUCCCGACAUUUCACAAAGUGUUAUAUACUCUAAGUCUGCUAAGAGUCUAUGGGAUGAAUUGAACCAAAGGUAUGGGCAAGCAAAUGGUGCUAAGAUGUAUGAAGUUCAAAAAGGCCUAAGCACUAUAUCUCAAGGUUCUUCUGAUGUAGGAAGUUAUUCACUAGGGUUAAAAGACCCUGGGAUGAAAUGGAGUCACUUGAUGUUGAUUCCUUUUGUGUUUGCGAAUGCAAAUGUGGAGGUAAACACAAAAUGA